UAUAGUUAAUGUAAUUAAUUAAAAAAACAAAAAACUAGUCAUUUUGUUGGACAUAUAUAUAUAUCAAACACACAAUGAGACUAAUUUUGUUGACAACUACUGUCGUCUUAAUGGUAGCAAAGUUGGUGUCAAUGAUGUCGGUUGAGGUGCCGUCAGCUCCGGAGAUACUAUCGAUGGGUUGUCAUCGGCGAUCAACUAGACUUACGUGGACAUCAACCGGACAGUCGCCGGUCAAAGAGUUUCGUAUACAGUAUAUGACCAGUUGGUCACCAAACGAAUGGAUCAAUUAUCCAUUUUUGCAUCCCAUUCAUGACGACAAUGUGCCACUCAUAUUGAAUCCGUGGACUAAUUACACGUUUCGGGUCAUUGCCGUCAACAAUGCCGGCGCCAGCAAUGCUUCGCUACCAUCCGAUUGGUGUCAGACUGAGGAAGACGUGCCGCACAAGAAUCCCGACAAUGUGUACGGCAGAGGUAAUGGACCGAAAAAUUUGGUCAUUUCGUGGACACCAAUGCCGCCCAGAGAACAGAACGCUCCGGGAUUUUUCUAUACAGUCUAUUAUAAACAGGAUGACAUGCCUACAGCCGACUGGCACAUCAAACACGUACUAGACUGGCAACAAAGUCGACUGAUCGUUGAAAAUCUACCAAAACUCAGGCCAUACCGGAUCAAAGUCGAGGCGUAUAACAGUCUUGGAAAAGCAACACAAGAGGCCCGAGAAGUGAUCGGCUAUUCCGACGAAGAUAUGCCAUCUGAGGCGCCCAAAGACUUACGGCUCGUCGAUAUUAUUGACGGCCGAAGUGCUCACAUGAGUUGGCAACCGGUCCCACCCCUCACACUCAACGGCCAUUUCAAAGGUUAUAAACUUCAAGUUUGGACAGACAGCUAUGAAAACAGAAGUGAACAGAUAGUGUCGGCAAAUACUACAAAAGCAUUGAUCACUAUCUUUAAGCCGGCCGUCAAUAAUACAGUUCAAGUGCAGGCAUUUAACGGUGCUUUUGAUGGACCCGUUUCUAACAAUAUAACCGUUUCGAUGCCGGUUGAUGUAUAUCCCGAUACACCGGCAUUCAUGUGGACAAGACAUACGGAUCGCCACAAUCGGGCAGUGAUUCGCAUUACUUAUGAACCAAACUGGACUAAUGACAAUCCGGGACGUCUUAUAUAUAUUGAGUAUCGAAGGAAAGGGAUCGACUCGAUAGAUGAAUGGACAAACACUGUGCCGGAAGGUAUGGAUGAGUCCAACCAACACAUCGAUUUAGUGGACUUGGAGUUUGACAAGUUCUACGAGAUCCGAGUGGUCGCCCAAUCGGGUGAACUCAAGUCUAGCAGCAAUAUAUCGACAAUAGACACGGGUUUAAAUAAAUGGCCAAAACCUACCACUACUACGACACGGGAACCGCCGCCAACAUAUGCACCUUAUGUACCGCCAGCUAUUGUACCAUCAGAUGACAGUAAUCGACAGGAGGGCAAAACUAGAGGUCAGGACAACGACAACGACAACAGGUCACCGAUAGCUGAUGAAGAUAACGGUGCGGAUGACAGUUCAUCAAAGACACCGUGGAUUGUGGCACUGGUUGUUGUCCUAUUAUUCAUUGCCGUCUUUGUCACUGGUUUUAUAUAUCUAAAGAAAAGACACACAUCGUCGGCGUCUGAGUCCAACAACAAGAAGACUGGUCGCAACAAAGUCAGCGAUAAAAUCAGAUCCGUUUCAAUGACAGCCAAUCCCAAUGAAAUCAAUAGUUUAGUAAUCAAUGUCGACAAUCAACGAAACAAUACUGCGGCGGCAAAUGGCAGUCUCGGUCACGACGAAGGCGAUGACAACGAUGAUGACGACAACGACAACAAUGGCAACGAUGAUGACCGACACCGACAGGUAUAUAACGGUACCACCGAAAGUCGUCAUUAAGUUUUUUUUAAAACUGUAUUUAAGUCUAUUAUUUUUAACAUUUUCAUUAUCAUUGAGUGUCCGUAUGUUUGUAUCCAUUGUUUAAAAAAAAUAAUAUUAAUAUUAUUAUAAAUG